AUGCGACAAGAGCUCAAAUAUCUGGUGUACUCGCACGUCGCGGUCAUCGUUGUGCUGCUGUACCUCACGUUCGACCUGCUGACGCUGGCCAUCGACGAUGCCUUCCACGAUGCCCUUACGGACGCGGAACUGAACCCUCCAGCCGACGCUGCGCCUCAAACGCAGCUCAUUCCCAAAAUUAUCCACCAGACUUACAAAACCACGGAUAUCCCGGAACAGUGGCGUGAAGGACAACAGCGCUGUAUCGACCUCCAUCCGGACUACGAGUACAAUCUUUGGACGGACGAAACAGCCCGCGAAUUUAUCAAGGAACAGUAUGGCUGGUUUCUGGAUACCUUCGACGGCUACCGGUACCCAAUUGAACGUGCAGACGCCGUACGCUACUUUCUGCUCUCGCAUUAUGGAGGUGUAUACAUCGACCUUGAUGAUGGCUGCAGACGCAAACUUGAUCCACUGCUUACAGUCCCGGCAUUUGUGAGAAAAACCAGUCCCACCGGUAUUUCCAAUGACGUUAUGGGAUCUGUGCCUGGCCAUCCAUUUUUUGCCAAAGUUAUGAAAUCUUUAAAGAAAUACGACCGGAAUUGGCUCGUACCCUAUAUCACCAUUAUGUUUUCUACCGGUCCACUUUUCGUAAGUGUUAUUUGGAAACAGUACAAAAGAUGGGGAGUCUCUGAGAAUGAUGUCGUGAGAAUCUUACAACCCGCAGAUUACAAACAGCACGAUAACUCUUUUUUCCUAAUCUCUCAAGGAUCUUCUUGGCACUUAGACGAUGCAAACUUUAUUAAAUCCUUGGCUCACCACAUUUUGGCGUGCGUGGUCUUGGGAUUCAUAGUGGCCUUCAUCGUGUUAUAUGCUGAGUAUUGUUUCUACUGUUGGUUGUGCUCAGGAGGUGGUGCACGGCGCAUCAGCAGGACCCUCAAACGCGGUUUGGUCUGGGUAGGAAUUCUAUCCAAAGAUCAGUCACAACCCGAAUCCAUGGAAAUGAGCUCUAAAUACAGACGCCUACGGAAGGAUUCCAAUCUUCCUGUCAAUCUCAUAUCACCGGAUCUGGAAGAAAACUCUUCUGAUCAAUACGCUGAUUUAAGCGAUGACUGA